ACUCCAUAAACAAUGAUCUCUGUUUUGUUUGUUUUUUCUGUUCUCUUUGGAGAAGAUAGAGAAACGGCAACAUACAAACCCACAGAUGUCAUUCUCAUUAACUGUGGCACUGCCUUCAACACCAUCGACAGCCGAGGCCGAACCUGGACGCCGGAGCAGCCGAAGGUAUUUGCGUGGAAUUCAGUCAACGUGUCAUUCCCUUCAAAGGCUUCCGAAAGUGAACUUUUGUGGAAAGACGUUCCUGCGGUGCCUUACAAGACGGUUCGAAUAUUCCGAUCCAAAUUUACUUACAGUUUUACAGUCUCUUCCGGCUGGAAAUUCCUCCGGUUGUAUUUCUUUCCGAGCCGUUACAGAUCGGAUUUCGACGCCGUCAAGUCCUUCUUCACCGUCACCGUCAACGGGUUCACUCUCCUCAAGAACUUCAGCGUAAAUUCUUCCGACUCAGGUCGUCUAAUCAAGGAGUUUAUUGUCCCUGUUUUGGGUGGAAGCAAGACGCUGAAUCUCACAUUUAGGCCGUCACCAAACUCGUUAGCUUUCAUCAACGGUCUGGAGAUUGUCUCCAUGCCUGACCGGUUUUACACAAAGGGAGGCUUUGAUGACAACAUAACAGAUGUUGGUAGCAACGGUGACUUUAAGAUAGACGAUACGACAGUACUCGAGACGGUGUACCGAGUCGACGUUGGCGGAGGUAUGAACGUCAAAGACACAGGAAUGUUCCGACAGUGGCUUCCCAAUUACGGUUCCCCACUUGGGGAUUCGGGGAAUGUGUAUAUAAUGGAUUUUACGAUCAACUAUACGGAGAAAACACCGGCCUAUGUUGCGCCAAGGGAAGUGUACACAACUCUUUACGUGAGACCGGACGCCAAGGACCACAUGAAUUUGAAUUGGACGUGGCUCUUCCCGGUCGACGCUGGAUUCAACUACCUCGUUAGGCUUCAUUUCUGUGAGACUAUGGUGAAAAUAACAAAACCCGGCCAACGCAUGUUUUCUAUCAUCAUUGGAAAUCAGAUUGCUAAGGCUGAGACCGACGUGAUUUUAUUGAGCGGUGGCCCUCUGAUUCCGAUGUAUCUAGAUUUCAGGACACUUUUGGCUUCAAACACAAGCAAAACUGGAGAGAGAGUUAAUCUACGACUCGAUUUGUGUCCCAACCAGUAUUCUUACGACGCUAUUCUGAAUGGUAUAGAGAUCUUUAAGCUUAAUGACUCUAGGGGUAAUCUCGCCGGACAGAAUCUUGUUCCAAUUAAUCCAAUAAUGUUGGGAGGUGACGGCAAGCUAGAUGUUUUUCUUAUAAUCAUCUUAGCCGUUUGUUCUGCCAUUGGGCUGGUGACUUUCUUUAUUGUCGCCAUCUUGUUGGUCAAAAGGAAGAAAAGGAAGGACAAUAGAGCCGGCACGUUCAAGGUACUGCUAAAACAGUACACUUAUGCAGAACUAAAGAAAAUCACCAAAUCAUUUUCACACACACUUGGGAAAGGAGGAUUUGGAACUGUCUACAGAGGGAAGCUUUCUAACGGUGUUAAGGUUGCAGUAAAGGUCAUGCAGGAUUUAAAGGGAACUGGUGAAGAUUUUAUCAAUGAAGUCACUAGUAUGAGCCAGACAUCUCAUGUAAACAUUGUUUCUCUGCUUGGCUUCUGCUACGAAGGUUCCAAAAGAGCAAUUGUGUAUGAGUUUUUGAAGAAUGGGUCUCUCGAUCAAUUCAUAUCUAGAGAGAAUUCGUCGACUCAGGAUGUGAAAACAUUAAAUAAAAUCGCGCUAGGCAUUGCUCAAGGAUUGGAAUAUUUGCACUAUGGUUGCAAAACAAGAAUCGUGCAUUUCGACAUUAAACCACAAAACAUUCUCUUAGAUGACAAUCUUUGUCCUAAGGUCUCAGACUUUGGACUUGCUAAGCUCUGUGAGAAAAGAGAAAGCAUUGUGUCAUUGAUAGACACAAGAGGAACUAUAGGUUAUAUUGCACCUGAGGUAUUCUCAAGAACUUACGGCGGAGUCUCUCAUAAAUCAGAUGUGUAUAGUUAUGGAAUGUUGGUCCUGGAGAUGGUUGGAGCUAAGAACAAAGAAAUAGUAGAAACCGCUGCCUCCAAUACAAGUUUGGCUUACUUUCCGGAAUGGAUUUAUAAGGAACUUGAAAAUGCAGAACAAACAUGGAGAUUUGGUGAUGAAAUAACCAGAGAAGAAAAAGAAACUGCAAAAAAGAUGGUCUUGGUUGGUCUUUGGUGUAUUCAACCAUGCCCAUUGGAUCGUCCUCCCAUGAACAAAGUGGUCGUCAUGAUGGAUGGAAGUUUGGAUGCUCUUGAAAUACCCCCUAAUCCUUCGAUGCAUAUUUCCAGAGGGUUCAUUGCGGAAUGUUCUUCGCUUUCUGAUGGCGGAGAAAUAAUUCGAGCAGUUGAUUCGGCCAAUACUUAGCAUGUGCAGCUGUACAAUGGAGAUGGUCCAUACAUCCCAGGUUUAAAUAUCAUUGCUGUUCUUCGAGUGGAAAUAUUUUAAUGGUGUUUUACUGGUUUGAGUGAUUGAGCUUUUUGUUUCUGGAAACUUAACGGUGCAUCUGUUGCAACAUAAAGCAAUAUAUCAGAUAUAUACCAUAAUUUAUUAAAUACAUUGAUUUGUCAAUAAUAGAAUAUAUACUAUCAAAAUAGAAGAACACAAUUUUCUCACUGUGUAAAUUUUAUAAUUAAAUCGUAUUAACUUUUUGAAAGUACAAGUGUUUUAUGUUUA